AUGAGUUCUCUUGCGCUCGUCCUAUCAGCCAUGUUGCAAUUGCCAGAUAUACCCAUUUCUGACAAUGCGCGGCUCGUUGUCGGUGCUUUGAUUUGUCUUGGUAUUAUAGGAAUAAUGGUUCAGGCUUACCUUCCUCAAUCAAAGAACGGCCUUGCUCUUCCACCUUCCCCUUCCACUUGGAGGCUUCAGGGACACUUCCUGCCGCAUCGCAAGUCAUUUGUUACUAUAGCGGGAUGGAUUGACGAGUACGGUCCUCUGAUCACCGUUCGGUCAGGACUUAAGAAAAGUGUGAUUAUUGGCCGUUACAAAGCCGCCAUGGAUAUCAUGGAGCAUCAGGGCGCAGCGCUAGCCGACCGCCCUCGCAAGAUUGCUGCUGGAGAGAUAUUUAGCGGCGGACUGGGCCUCACCCUCACACCCUUUGGAGAGAAGUUCCGUCAAAAGCGUAGAGCACUCCAUACGCACCUCCAGCCUAAAGCAGCUGAGGUUUAUCAGCCCCUGCUGAUGUCACAUGUGAAGAACUUAGUCCUCGACAUUCUUAAUGAUCCAUACAAUUUCCAAAACCAUGCGAUCAGUUAUUCUGCGACGACAAUUAUGAAAAUUGCAUAUGGGAGUACUAUACCCACUAAUGCGACCGAUCCCCUAGUCGGAGAGAUGUACCAACUCAUGAAGCUGGUUAGUUCAAUCCUGCGUCCGGAUUCUUACCACCUGGUGGACUCGUUCCCGUGGCUCAAACACCUUCCUUGGUAUGGCCGAGAAUUGAAACGAGGGUUUCAGAGGAGCAAGCGACUUCACAUUGGUCAGAUGAACCGAGUAAAAGAGCAACUGCAAAGCAAGGCGGACAUUGGGCCUUCGUUUAUGAGAUACAUGCUAGAAAAUAGCGAGCUCCAUGGCUUGACAGUGGACGAGACGGCUUUUCUCGGUGGUGCCUUUUUUGGAGCUGGAUCCGAUACGACUACUUUGUCAAUGUGUAUAGUACUCCUGGCAGCCGCAAAUUUCCCCGAGGAGCAAGCCAAGGUUCAAGCCGAGCUCGAUGUAGUCGUCGGAAGGCACCGCGCGCCGACAUUUGCCGACCAGCAAUCCCUUACUCGCUUACAUGCCUUCAUCUCUGAGGCUGUGAGAUGGAGACCGGUUGCUCCUAAUGGAUUGGCUCACCGAACAACCAAAGACGAAAAAUACUGUAUUCCAGCUGGGACUACGGUAUUCGGCAACCAUUGGGCUAUCUGUCGGGAUCCAGAAGUCUUUCCCGAGCCUGACACGUUCAAGCCUCAACGCUGGAUUGACGACAAAGGUCGCCUGAGAGACGAUUUAAAUAAUUUUCUCUACGGGUUUGGUCGGCGUAUAUGCCCUGGUCAACAUGUCGCGAACAGAUCAAUGUUCAUAAGCUCGGUCCUAAUUCUCUGGGCCUUCCGGCUCACUCUGGAUCCUACACAGCCGUUGGAUGAUACGGGGUUCAUGAAUUCGGAGAAAACACACCGGCCGUGCACUAUUAAAUUCGAGUUGAGGAUUCCGGAAGAAGAGCUUAGGCGCAUGAUGAAGAAUUAUCCCGAGGAGGUCGUAUCAGUGGACGAGAUUGAUCGCCACUAGAUAAAGAACGAAGAACCUGUUCGGAAAUCCGAAUCAUGCCUUUAGGACUAGUAUUCAAAAUAAUUUACAUUGUCACUUGUUUUGAUUAUGGGCUGUGUAUUAUGGCUGUCGAUUAUGCUUUGUUGUUAUCAAGUUUCACCGCGCGGUUUAUUCCAGGC